UUGCACCUUUUCUACAUAUUUAUUAGCUAUUGUAUAAAAUAAAGAUUAUUGUAUUUUUCUACUUCUGCAUCCGUGUCUGUAUGUUGCGAAAGGGUGCUUCACAGCCAAAGGAUAUUAAUAAGCUAACUGUGAAUAAUACAGUGUACCGGACAAAGAUAAGUAAAACUGAACCUGUGACAUUUGGCGUAGUCGGCAGGAUCUUUUGAUCUGUUUUGAAGCACCCUUUGUCAGCCAUGCAGAACGGGGAAGAUGCAGACGGGGGCCAUGAACCACCAGUAGAACAAGCUCAGCAAGGCAAUAUGAUUGGUAUGUCCCCCUAUUUCAUUGGCUCCCCAUGGGUGCCGAGAUUUAAAGGCGCAGAUUCUGGGUCAUCCUAUGGGGAAUGGAAGGCUCAAGUUAAGUUUAUGUUGUCCUCUAUGCCAUCCCGGUCAAAUGCUCAACAGAGUGACUUUAUUAUUGGAGCCUUGGAUGGGGAGGCUAGAAGGGAAGUGGUUAUACUGGCAGCUGAACAGAGGUCUACCCCAGCACUUAUUUUUAAAUAUCUCAAUGGACUUUAUGGUGAUAAUACACCCAUAGCGCACAUGCGUGGUAUGUUUUUUGAUUGCAGACAGCGUCCAGGGGAAUCAGUGCGGGCCUUCUCCCUCCGGUGUCGAGAGCUCUUCCAGCGGCUGAAAGACCGAGACCCUGAUGUCUUCUCUGAGGCAGGGCAGGUGCUAAGAGAUCAAUUUACCAUGGGCCUACAGGAUACCGAACUUCGUAGAGAAUUGAACCGCAUGAUUCGUAGGAAUGAGGUAACCACAUUCGAACAGGCUCGUCAGGAAGCUCUUCACGUAGAAGGUGAUCGACAGAGCAACAUAUGGCAACCCCCAACAUGUGCAGCAGUACGUGGAGGGGAACCACCUCGUACAGCUGAUCCUCGGAGUGAUUGGAAAACAGAACUGAAGACUGAACUCCUAUCGGAAAUGCGCGUGCAGAUGAAGGAGAUGCAGAGAGCCCUGCGGGAAGAACUUCAAUCGUCCAGCAGCCAUUCCCGAGACCCUGCUUUACAAACACAACAUUAUCCCCAAACCACCUCUGGUCGGACCAGGGAUCCCCAGACAGGAGAUGGCGGAGGAAGUAGCGGUGCGUGUGGUCACCUACCGGCCCCCCGACAAUGAAACACCCUCACACUCCGUGGAACAGGAAGUGCAGGCCGAAGAGUGGGGCUGGAGGCCUCAAAGAUGGAUUAAUCUGCAAAGCACUGACCCCAACCUGGCUAGGCUGAGACUACUCCUAAGUACCGGUACUAAACCCCCUGGACAAGCCUGUAAGAAGGAGCCAGCUGAAGUUCGAGAUUUAUUACAACAGUGGCCACGCCUGAGCUUGCUAGACGGUGUUCUGGUUCGUAGGAUGCGGGACUCUAAUACACAAGAACUUUAUCAGCAGAUCGUGGUGCCCCUUUCGGAGAGACAGUCGGUGUGGGAAACACUGCACACGAGUGCUGGGCACCUUGGGACCGAAAGGACUCUUUAUGCCCUACGAAGGAGAUUCUACUGGCCCCGAAUGGGAAGAUGCAGUCAAAAGUGGGUGGCCGCCUGUGAACGCUGCUCCAUAAGGAAAGCUCGCACCGAGAGAAGGGCUCCGCUGGUCCCCAUUGUGACAUCUGCUCCCCUGGAAGUUCUAGUGCAAGGCACAUGGGUGAACCAAGAACCAGUGAGUGUAGAAGAUUGGGUCCAAAGGCACCAUCAGCGUUUGGUAGGUGCUUAUCAAAAAGGUUCAACACAUGCUGCACAAGCAGCUGCACGGCAAGGAAAAUAUCAAAAAGGUACGCAGUUAGGUCCCUUGGUUCCAGGAGAACGUGUUCUGAUAAGAACCUUUAGACGGGGUAAUGGGGGUAAAUUAGCUGACCGUUGGGAGUCCAUGCCCCAUUUUGUAGUACAGCAGUUGCCCUCAGGGAUUCCUGUGUAUAGAUUAAGGCCGGAAGGGAAGGAAGGGCCCAUUCGCACUAUUCAUCGGAAUCGUCUGAGGCCAUGCCUCUUUCACCCAAAGCCAACCCCAGCAGCUGAGAUGUACCUGGCACAAACACCCGUUCCUGAUGAGCCGUGGCCCUUUUGGGCCAUUGAACCUGCACAACACUCUGGGGUGGGUCAUCAUUCUGUGGAAAUGGGAGGACUGGGGGGACGAGAAGUAGAUUUAGGAGAAGAUGCCAUUACAACUGCAGGGACACUCCGUAGGUCAACGCGAACACAUUUGGGAAAUCCUCCAGUUAGGUAUAGAUAAAGCAACAUUAAACAGGACAUGUAGUCACGAGGACGUGACUGUGAUCUAACAGGGAGGGGUGUCACGGGGGUACGUGGGAGUAAAGAGCAGGUUGCGGUAGGAACUGUAUGUGAGGGAAGCAUAGGUGAGGGAAGCAAUGGGGUGCUGCACUAGACCAGCAAUUUGUCUACCAAUCCUGCAUUAAUUAUCCCUCAAUCAGUCAAUUCAAUUCAGCUGGUUUAUUUAGCCAUAGCAAGCAGGAGCCUCAUAAAUGGGGAGAGAGGAGAGAGUGUCGGGAGGUUCCCCCGCCCUGGCUUUGCUGUUAUUUGUUACAGGAUCUCGGCGGAGUGCCGCGAGUUGCAGAGGAAAGUUUGGAAGCAGAGGGCCGAGGAACACCGUCUUUGGGGAAAGCGAGAGUGGAGACGUGACGUCUAGUGGGGAUCCCUCGACAAUCAGCUGACUGAAGGCUGACUCAGGACAACGUAAACCAGCCGUGACUACAGUGGAGCCGUAACUGGUGUGGACGUACACCUCCUUUCGCGCAACUGCCAGGGAGGAGAGAAGUGUGGAGCUUUCCUCCCUCAACGAGCUAAGUGGCCCUUCCUUGCCCUGUUAGUUUUAGAUUAAGCAAGACUGUGCUUGAGUGUUCAUGUUCCACGAGUGGUGAGCAGUGUAUAGCGCCGCUAGCGUAGAAAAGCAGUAGCCUGCUAAUGACUGUAUGUAUGUUGGUUGCCUGUGUUAUUGAGCCUCCACAUUCACAGUAGGCCUAUAGGCCAUCUACAAGUGGCUGCCUACCUGACGGUGUGUGUGUGUGCGUGCGUGUGUAUGUGUACUUCCUAGUGAAGCCCAGCAGAGACAGUGAGGGACCGGCACGCC